UUUCUACGACACAAACUCCGAAUCCGUGCACUUGACCUGUCCAACUUCAUCUUCUUUCACACCACGACUACCCAAACAUCAACCAUGGCUCCGGGACUUGUGGAAACAACUACGACUACCACUGAGGUCACGCACAACGUCCUUAAACUCAAACUCUCCGACAAAGCAGACAACAACCAUCUGGACUACGUCCCUGGUAGGACCGUCAUCAAGAACCACGAUGAUACCUACGAGUACGAGCACCUUCGCACACGUUUCCCUGAGAUAGUAUGGGAUCCUUUGGAGGAAGUUCCUUACCACGAUAAGGGCCUACUCGGCGACCCAACAUUCAAGAACCUUCUCAGCUCGGCUACAGAUGUCUUCGACUACAAUCCCAAGAUCGGCACUGAAGUUACUGGCGUUGACCUAGCCAAUCUCACUGAUGCGGCAAAGAACGAUUUGGCCCGACUCAUUGCUACCCGUGGCGUUGUCUUCUUCCGCGACCAGAAGAACUUGGGCAUCCAAGAGCAGAGAGCACUCGGCGAGUACUUCGGCGAGCUCCACAAGCAUGCCACCACGGCCGUCCCAAGGCAAGAGGGCCUCGAGAAUGUCCACGUCGUCUACACGGGAGAGGACAGCCCCGAUCUUCGAGCCAUGUUCACCCCAAGCUUCCUCUGGCACUCCGACGUAACAUACGAGGUCCAACCUCCCUCAUACACAUCCCUCAAAGUCGUAACAGGCCCACCCCGUGGCGGCGGUGGCGACACACUCUGGUCUUCCGGAUACGCAGCCUACGACAGGCUAUCCCCCUUUAUGCAAACGUACCUCGAGUCCGUCACGGCUCUCCACUCAGCAGAGCUACAAGCCCAGGGUACCCGCGAACUCGGCCGCACUGUCCGUCGCGAGCCCAUCACCACCGAGCACCCCCUCAUCCGCACCAACCCCGUCACAGGCUGGAAAUCUCUCUUCUUCAACCCGGGCUUCGUCACCAAGAUUGUCGGCGUUCCCAAGACAGAAUCCGACCACAUCAUCUCCUAUCUGAAUGAGCUCGUCAGCUCCAACCCCGAGAUCCACGCAAGAUUUAUGUGGCGGGAGGGCGAUGUCGCGUUUUGGGAUAACCGCGUUACGAAUCACUGCGCGACUUAUGGAUUUGCGCCGCAUCGCAGGCACGCUGUGCGUGUGUGCUGCCGCGCCGAGAAGCCAUACCUGGAUCCCAACAGUGUGAGCCAGGAGGACGACUUGGCGGAGAAGUACGGGAUUCCCAAGGCGAAUAAGGAUGGCUCGGGCAUUGUGAACUAUAACGACUAA